AUGGCAUCAACGGCAAUGCAGUUACAACGAAGAAUCUAUUCCUUUUGGUUUAAAGAGUAUACUAGCGGCAAGCAACUGGAUCAAUCCUUAUUAAGUUUUUGGUUUCAAGGUGGCGAAGCUGUCGAUAAUGAGUGCAGAGAGAAUUUUAGCAAAGACUUGGAAGAAGUUCUCAAAGGGAAUCACGUUGAGGAAUUGAAGAAAACUCCCGAGGGAACAUUAAGUCUCACGAUCCUCUUGGAUCAGAUCCCGAGAAACAUAUACCGUGGCACAGCUAGACCAUUUGUGGAGUUUGAUCCAUUGGCCCUGGAUACUUGCAAAUAUGCUUUGGGAAAAAAGUGGGACGAAGUUUUGGAUUCGCUUGAGAGAGUGUUCCUGUAUUUGCCUUUGGAACACUCGGAAAAUAUGGAAGAUCAAAUUCUCUGCGUCGAAAAGUUCCGACGGAACGUUGAAAACUGUCCGCCGGUCAAUUUAAACCUUGCGAAAAGCUUCUUGAAAUAUGCCGAAGAUCAUAAAUAUAUAAUCGAAAAAUUUGGAAGAUAUCCGCGUAGAAAUAAAUGCUUGGGUAGAGAGAGUACCCAAGAGGAAUUGGAAUUUCUGAAGACCAGUCACAUCCGCUAG